CGGCGCGCGGGAGUUUAUUGUUCGUCUCCGGUAGAAAGCUACAGUUUUAGUACGUUUUAACAUCUGAACUUGGUAAUAAUACAGCAGUUUGGAUAGAAUGUCUCAACUAAAUGAAGUGGACUUGCCGCCGAACCUGUCAUGUCUCAAAAACAUAGACACCCUGCUUCGGUGUCCUAUCUGCUUUGAGUUUAUCAACAUAACCAUGAUGACUCGGUGUUCUCACAACUUCUGUUCCCUCUGCAUACGGAAAUUUCUCUCCUAUAAGUUAGUGUGUCCUGUUUGCAACUUGCCAUCGACAGAACAAGAUCUGAGGAACAACAGAUUAAUAGAUGACUUAGUUCAGAGCUUCCAAAAUGCGAGGCAACAGCUGUGUCAGUCAAAUUUUGAAUCACCUCCCAUUUCCCCUCAAACCCCAGCGAUGAUGUUCAAAGGCAAAGCAGCAAGACAAAAGGGCUUGAAAAAGGAAGCAACCACCCUCAGUCAAUUUUUCCAGAAAAGGGCUUCCGCGACCACUCUGUCAGGGGCCCAAACGAGUCUUCAGCAUCACCUUCCAGUCAAAGAAGAACCUAUGGAGGUGCACGUUCAGCAGCCCCACAGCCUCAAGCAGGAAAGUGUGGAGGAUACGACAGGAAUGGUGAAAGAGGAGAAGAUGAAUGUACCAGUUUUCCCCUCCACAUCACAAAGCAUCAAGGCAGGGAUAAAAGUUGAGUGUCCUGUCUGUGGAGUGGGUGUCUCCGAGCAGCACAUUAAUAAACAUCUAGACAUGUGCUUGAACCGAGAUGAUAAGAAGGAGGGAUUGAGAAGUGGUAGACGGCGUAAGGCGAUGCCUAAGCUGUUGUACACUCUUAUUAGUGUUCCAAAGCUGAAGAAAAUGCUUAAAGAAUGCCACAUGUCCACUCAGGGCAACAGAGAUCAGCUCAUCCGACGGCAUCAAGAAUUCACUCAAAUCUAUAAUGCACAGUGUGACGCACUCAACCCCAAAUCAGCUGAAGAGAUCGCUAAAGAAGUUGAAAACAAUGAGAGGAUGAGGAAUCAGUUGGACAGCAAGCGGAAACCUGCAAUCGUCACAACAAAGAAUCAAACGGCUGAUGAAAUUGAGGAGUUGCACUCAGAAUACAGUUCCUUUUCACAAAAUGUAUUAUGCUCUACAAGAGAUGCGGGGAAUGCAAGCAGCUCACAGAAGGCAAUUUCUACGGUGAUAAGCAGCAUUGAGAAAGGGAAGCAGCAUUGUAGCGAAUUUUCCCGUUUAAUUGCCCAGGUCAGAGGUCGUCUUGAGACGUCCAAAAGAACACAGAUCAAACAGGAAGAGGGGCAGUCAACAGAGGAGACAGACUCCAAAGCUCCAUCUCAGAUGUUUUCUGUUGAAGACCUGACAGUAGCUGAUAAAACAGGAAGAACGUUCAAAGUGACUGGUUACAGAGAGAGGUCUCCACUCCCACUGAGAAGUUUGAAGACCCAGAGAAGAGACAUGUUCUGUACAUUAUAUAACGAGAAGAUCAAUUUCAAGGUUUUUUCUGAGCUGUAUGUGGUCUAGAUGUCUGAACUGAAUGAAUGUUAUUUCCAAAAUGUAAUGUGUAUAGUAGUUUUUAUCAUUUCAUAAUUUUUUCCCCUAUUAAAAAAGAAAAAUAACUAACUUUGUGUAUAUGGAAAUUGUUACACAACUAUAUUUGUAGAAAGUUAAAGUUUUAGGUAAGCUUAGGAUUUAGGCUUUGGUUCUGCACAAAUUAAAUGCUGCAUUAUAGCUGUGUAUGAGAAACAACACAUACUGUGACACUGACUUUGCAGUGUUGUCAGCAGUUGAGCAUGAAAGUUGGGUUGCGAAAGUUAAUAUUCCAUUAUCUUUUUUCCAUAGGCGAAUUCAUUUUUAACGGUAACUUAUAAAUCUUUGACAGACCUUACGUGAGCUCCGAGGUUGUUAAUCGAUGUAAUAUGCUUAAGUUGAGGCCAUCAGUCCAUGUUAUUUCAACUUCAUUAUUUAGAAAUCGGGUUUAAUAGAAUAAUUUGUGUAGAGGAACUACACAUACUACACAUGAUCCUGAAGAGAAACACUCCACCAAUCAGAAUCGCAGCCAAAAA